ACACUUACAGACGGAUCGCCGCAGUUGAGACUCGUUUAAUAAUAACCAAAUCUAUACAUAAAAUAUAAUAGUCGUUCACGCGAUUUUCAAGUAUAAUAAAAAACAAUACAUUUUUAUAUUACGAUGCCGUAAUUUAGACAUAGAUGUUAAGCGUAGUGACAAAAAAAAAUAUUACAUCGAUUAUGAAUACAGCGAAAGAGUGGCGGGAGAGAUCCGAACUGUUGGUGGCCGUGCCUGAGGAUGAAAGGGAACACCCGCCGCACUCUUUGCCUCGUUUGAGUGUGGUGAUGCCAGCCAGUACUAGUUCCAGUGUGGACAACCUUCCCCCAAAACCCAAAAGAAAAUUUCUAGCACAUGGAGACGAAUCAAUGACAGUGGUGUUGUCAGCGUUUUAUGCAAAAUUAUUAAUAGUUUUAGGAGUAGCACUACCUGUUACUAGCACUAUACAAAAUGAGAUCUAUACAAAUAUUACUACAGACGUUUUCACCAUGUAUUUAUAUGUCGUCAGCAUGGUUUUCUUAGCUUACACUUUCUAUCAUCUUCGCAUUGCAAAAAUGCAAAAGAAAAAAGAAAACCUGAAACUUACACGCUAUGGCAGUUUCUAUUUACACAUUGGAGUUGCGGGAUUCAGCGUCGGCUCCAUUAUCUACUCGUGCCUUCAGUUCGGUGGCUACUUCGAUUUAUCCGGCGAUUGUCAGAUGGCUAUCGUAGCCCUCAAGCCGGCGCUGAGGAUAUUCUUCAUGGUCGCACAGACGGUCUUCAUUUUCUCAUAUACAGAUAUCCUGGACCCAAUGCGGGGAGUCGUCCUCGACAGAUUCGGGCUGAUGCACCUAAUCGCAACUAAUGUAUGCGAGUGGUUAAACGUCGUAAUACAAGAAACAAGAGACGACAUUGUCGCUGUUGCUUAUGACAAGCCAACCCUUUUGGGAUACACCAACAUAAGUAGAACAUCACAUAACUGGAUAGGGCCGAUUAUUCCGGUGGAAAGCAAUACAAACAAUGAAACUUUUAUAAAAAUAAGCAAUAACACGUUUAUUGAAAAGUCCGUCAACCAAGCUGAAGUACAUCACAUUCCAAUGCAAAACUGGACAUGCAACGUUUCAGAUAUGAUAGCACCUCUUAUAAAGAGCGCAAAACCAUACUUGAGGCCCUGUGGAGUGGAGUACAGUCUCCUUUGCUCCGUCAUAAUUGUGGUCAUUUGGAAUGAUUUAUGCACAGUACCGGGGUCGAAAUUCAUCAGAAAUCCAGGCAGGAAUAUGCAAAACUCCGCCAGAGUUGAUUCGCGUCAAUGCUGUAAUCGGCCUAAAUCUAACAACCACUUCUCUGUGGACUGUGGAAGCGCUCACAAAGGCCUGUUCGUGGGCAUUGCCGUACUGGCAGGCACUAUCGUCAGUCUCAUGCUGUUCAACGGACUUUUCCAUAACAAAAACUAUGUCGAACUUGCUUUAUUACAGAUUAAUGUUUGGGAAACAAUUCUAUUCGUGCUAAUGACUCUGAGCUCGGCUGCAUGUCUCCAACGUAUUCGUACGCUACCCAUCAAGAAAACCAUGCAUGCAUUGCCGUUGGAACACUCUUUACUUCUAGUCACACAAUGUGGCGUCUACCUCUACUACCUCUUCCAAAUAAUCGGGGCUGGCUUCGUAAUUCAACGAUAUCCUGAAGGACGUCGAGCUACUAGAAUAUUAUCACCGCUUUGCGCUGUAAUCCAAAGCUCAUGUCAGACUCUGCUAGUGUUGGACUCUUGGUCUCGAAGGAGCGCUGACGUCGCGGCAGGGACACGUCCCGGUCGGCAGCUGAUCACAUUCCUGUUAGUGGGCAAUUUCGCACUUUGGCUUCUCAACCGCGUAAAGAAUGCGAGAGCUGAAUUUCAUCCGCUCCAAAUGGAGUUUUUCGGCGUUUGGGCUUGGACACUCAUCACGCAUGUUUCAGUACCACUCUCGGUUUGCUACAGAUUUCAAGCUACUGUGUGCUUCUAUGAAAUAUGGAAAAACUCGUAUAAGAAAAAUAAAGCCUUGAAUGAUAUUGAUUUAAUUGAUAUUGAAUUAAAAAACUAUCACAUUGCCUAA